AUGCCCGACACUAAAGACCACCACAAAACGGAAGCGCAGAGCACCCUCAGUGCCGACAAAAAGGAUGAUUUCGCAUCGGGGGAAAUCCGGGACAUCGCAGCUGAGCUGUAUGCCGAGGCCGUUCAGUUAUCGCCCGAGGAGCUGGAACGCGAAGGCGCUGAGGUGCGCAAGCUUUUGGACUGGCGUAUCCUGCCUAUUUUGUACGUGACUUAUGUCAUACAAUUCUUGGACAAGCUUUCUCUCAACUAUGCCUCGGCUUAUAGCCUCAUCCCAGAUCUUGGCCUGGAGGGUCAAAGAUACUCAUGGGUUGCGGCCAUAUUCAAUUUCGGAUACUUGUUCUGGGCUGUGCCCUCAAAUCUUAUGAUUCAACGACUGCCGCUGGCUAAAUAUAUGGGAACAGUCCUCCUGAUCUGGGCCGUCCUAAUUGUGGCACACAUUGGAGCGAAGAAUUACGCUGGCAUCUUGGUCUUACGGUUCCUUUUAGGCAUGGCCGAGGCUGGUGUCAGUCCAUGUAUGAUGAAUUUCACUUCCAUGUUCUAUAAACGAUCCGAACAACCUCUGCGAAUGAGCUUGUGGCUGUCUGGAAACGGAAUGGCGACUAUGGUGGGUGCUCUGCUGGGAUUCGGACUAGGCCAUUCCCACAAUACCAGCCUCAAGAGCUGGCAAUUAAUCUUUCUUACUAUCGGCCUCCUAAACUUCGUCGCUGGAUGCUUCUUUCUGUGGCUCAUGCCGGACUCUCCGAGUUCCGCGAAAUUCCUCUCGCACAGACAACGUAUAGUGGCCGUCCAGCGAGUAUCAGAGAACAUGAUCGGCGUCAAGACAAAGCAGAUCAAACCACGGCAAGCGUUUGAGAUAGUAUAUGAUAUCAAAGUCCUUUGCUGUGCUUUCAUAGGUCUCAGCUGCGGCGUCAUCAACGGCGGAGUGUCCAACUUCUCAUCGUCAUUGAUCAAAGGCUACGGCUUCAGCGGAAUCAACGCUACACUUCUUCAGCUACCCACAGGAGCCAUAGAGGCUCUCGUGGUGCCAAUUUGCGGGCUAGUUUCCACCUACGUCCGGGAUUCACGGUGUAUCGUCCUCGCAGUGGUCUGUCUGAUUCCCUUUGGCGGCCUUCUCGGCAUCCGCUUCACUGAUGUCCAGCAUCGAUGGACCCUUGUUGGUUGCACUUGGCUACAGUAUAUCGUUGGUGCCCCGGUGAUCGUGUCUUGGAAUAUUCUGUCUACAAAUGUAGCCGGACAUACCAAGCGCUCUCUUUCGAACGGACUUUGGUUCAGUCUCUACGCGGCCGGAAACGUCGCAGGUGCUAACAUCUUCUUUGAGCGCGAGGCCCCUCGUUACUAUUCUGCUCUUACUGGUCUGCUGAUUUGCUACGCGGGGAUCAUUGUUCUGUCUGUUGUUGCAUACAUUUCGAUGAAAUUUGAGAAUAUCCGCCGAGACCGUCGCAUGUCUUUAGAGGAAACAGAACAAGGGCGUGAUGAAGCAGCUGUGCUGGAUGGGUUCAAGGAUAUGACGGACAUGGAGUCAAAGAAUUUUCGAUAUGCGCUUUGA